AUGGAAGAAACAGGAGCUGCGAGAAAAUCAGUGAGAGAUUUUCAACAGAAACCGAAGCGUCCUAGUUCACAACUUUCACUUGAUCGUAGUCCUAAAAUGACAACAAGAAUCAUACAACACUUUGCAAGUAAAAAUUUUUCUAUUUACGUACCAGACUUUUCUUUUAUCAUGUGCUUGAUAUAUGUUCCAGGUAAAACAGAUGUCGACUCUCGAUCAAAUCGUCAUAAACAGAAACGAUGUGUAUUCUGUCAUAUGAAUAAAGUUCGCACAAUGACUAUCUAUCAAUGUCAAACUUGUGAUGGACAACCAGGCUUUUGUUUUCCUGAUUGUUUUGAAAAAUUUCAUAUUAUUUCACGUAAAAAUAAUCAAUAA